GCUUCUUCAGAAGCAAAUGGCUAUACUGCUGGGAAGACAUCAGAUCUUUUUGGAUUUUGAAAAUAUGGCUAACGGCGAGCAACUUGGUGAACUGAAUUCAAAUGCUCAUCUCUAUGAAUACUUCCAUUCUCUUGCUCGAGAACUGGAUAUCAUGGAACCUAAAACUCCUGAAGGCAUCUACAAGAGCCACCUGGAACAUAGUCGACCAUUCGGAAACACUGCAGCGCCGGAUUCAGCACGCAUGAACCUUGCUGCUGCAUUCGUUAAUGGAUUCGUCAAUUGUGGAUUUGGAGUAGACAAAAUGAUGGCUGAAAGCGAAGAUGCCAGCAAAUGGUUCUACAAAAACAAAGAAUAUGGUAUGCUAUCCGCUGCUGCGUCGCAAGGUCUUGUUUGGAGAUGGGACAUUGACUCUGGACUUGGACAGUGCGACAAAUUCUUAUACGUCAAUGACGACUUCAUCAAGGCAGGUACUCUCUUAGCAAUCGGGAUAAUCUCUUCCGGGAUUCAAGAUGCCUGUGAUCCAGCAUCUGCAUUACUUAUCGAUCAUAUCCACUCGGAAAGAGCAGUAAUUCGGGUUGGAUCUGUACUUGGCUUGGGCCUUGCUUACGCUAAUUCAAAAAGGGAAACUGUGGUUAAGAGCGAAGAAGGAGGCGUAAUAUUUGAGCUAAAGAAGGUGCUUACUGAUACAAAACCGUCAGCGACGAGCGAAGUGAAAGGUCUAACAGGCUUAGCUCUUGGUUUGAUCAUGGUUGGGACUGCCGACCAUACUGUAGCAAUGGAGAUGUUGCAAACCUUAAUGGAGCGUAGCGAAUCAGAGCUUAGCGAUCCUAACAUGCGAUUCUUAGCUCUAGGAAUAGCUUUGAUUUUCCUUGGUACACAAGAGAAAAGUGAGGUAUUUGUGGAAUCUUUGAGAUCUUUGCCCGAACCUUUCGGCCCUAUGGUUUCCACACUCGUUGAUGUUUGCGCAUAUGCUGGGACCGGUAAUGUGCUCAAAAUACAGAAGCUUCUGCAUAUGUGCUCGGAACACUAUGAAACUGAGGACAAGAAGAAGAAGAAAGAUGAAAAGUCCAAGAAGGAUCCCAAAGAAAAAGAUAAAGACGCUAAGGUCGAUUUGUCAUCUCAGCAAGCGGUUGCUGUCAUUGGAAUAGGUCUUAUUGCUAUGGGUGAAGAUGUUGGAUCUCAGAUGGCUCUAAGGAUGUUUGGACAUCUAAUCAGAUAUGGUGAGCCAGUAAUCCGACGAGCCGUGCCUCUGGCGUUGGCCUUGAUAUCAGUGUCUAAUCCUCAACUCAAUAUUCUGGAAACAUUGAGCAAAUUUUCGCACGAUGCCGAUGCUGAUACUGCUCAUAACGCCAUAUUUGCCAUGGGAUUGGUUGGUGCCGGUACAAAUAACGCACGAUUAGUAGCAAUGCUGAGGUCAUUAGCGAGCUAUCAUCAUAAGGACCAGGUCUCACUGAUGUUAGUACGGCUUUCACAGGGGCUUACCCAUCUGGGUAAAGGCACAAUGACCCUGAAUCCGUGGCAUUCU